AUGUUCAACCGAACCACUGUGACCGAGUUCCUUCUCCUGGGCUUCUCUGAGGGUCGGGAGCUGCAGAUUUUACAAUUUGUGGUGUUCCUAGUGAUUUACCUGGUAGCCCUGACAGGGAACCUCUUUGUUAUCACCGCUGUAAUCCUUGACCUCCAUCUUCACACCCCCAUGUACUUCUUACUGAUAAAUUUAUCCAUCCUGGACCUCGGCUUUAUCUCUGUCACCAUCCCCAAAUCCAUGGUCAACUGCGUCAUGAACACCAGGUCCAUUUCUUAUUUUGGAUGCUUUGCCCAAGUCUUUUUUUUCAUAUUAUUCUCUUCAGCAGAUGUUUUCUUACUCACUAUCAUGGCAUAUGACCGAUACAUCGCUAUCUGCAAACCACUGCACUAUGAGAGGGUGAUGAACAGGAGAGUUUGUGUCCAACUGGCAGCCAGUGCCUGGAUCUGUGGUCUUCUCAAUUCUGCACUGCACACUGGGAGCACAUUUUCCAUAACCUUCUGUGGAGGCAACAUAGUGGAUCAGUUCUUCUGUGAAAUCCCUCAGCUACUCAAGCUUGCCUGCCCUGACUCAAACCGCAAUGAAGUGCGAGUUAUAGUAAUUGUUAUCUUUUUAGGCUUAAGCUGCUUUGUUUUAACAGUUGUGUCAUAUGUCCAGAUCUUCAACACAGUGCUGAGAAUCCCCUCAGAGCAGGGCCGGCAUAAAGCUCUGGCCACCUGCCUCCCUCACCUCAUUGUGUUCUCCUUGUUUGUUUCCACUGGCACCUUUGCCUACCUGAAACCCACCUCAAGCACUCCAGCAGGUGUGGAUCUCAUGGCGGCUGUUCUCUAUUCUGUGGUGCCUCCAGUGAUGAAUCCGAUCAUCUACAGCAUGAGGAACAAGGAUAUCAAAGCUGCCCUAUGGAAAAUAAUUGGAUCGAGGUUGUUCUCCAAGAAUAAAAUGCCCAUAUUUCUUCCAUGA